AGAGAGAGAGGGAAACAAAGAGGAAGAGGCCGACUGACUGACUGACUCUUUCUUUCUUCAUGUGGGGGAGGAGAGGGGGAGGAUUAACCGGCUCAUCUGCCACACGCGCUCACACACACAACAGACCCACAUUUCAUUAACACACACCGACAAACACACACACAUACACACACACACACACACACACACACACACACACAGCAGCGGCGCCGUAGAGCUUCAUCUGGAUCAGCAGCAUCACGGCAGCGGAAGAGACAAAGAGACGAGAGGACGGGAGGAGGGGAGACAUCUUCACCGCGUGACGGGAGACAGACAGAGGGAGAGACAGGUUACAUGCAGACAGACAGGUUAUAGAGACACAUAGAGAGAGAGAGACAGGCCUUCCCCGCCCCGGCGGCCCAUCUGUCUGUCUGUCUGAGCCGUGAUGGCGGUCCACAUGCUGACGGUCUGUGUGUUGUUGUAGGUGGGUGUGUUCACUGUGUGUGUGUGUGUGUGUGUGUGUGUGUGGUGUGUGUGUGUGUGUGUGUGUGUGUGUGUGUGGUGUUGUGUGAGAGAGAGAUGGGAAACGCAGAGAGCAUGGAGAGCCAGCUGGCGGUGAUCCGGUCCAGAGCCGCUCCGGUCGCCUGCCGUGCCGGACCGGCCGAGCUGGAGGAGAGGUCCAUCGCCCUGAACUCUAUGAACUUGCCUCCCGACAAGGUGCGUCUGCUGCGUUCCUAUGACAACGAGAAGAAGUGGGAGCUGAUCUGUGAUCAGGAGAGGUUCCAGGUGAAAAACCCCCCCCACACCUACAUCCAGAAACUGAGAGGCUUCCUCGACCCGGCUGUCACCCGCAAGAAGUUCAGAAGAAGAGUUCAGGAGUCGACUCAGACUCGAGAACUCGAGAUCUCUCUUCGUACAAACCACAUCGGGUGGGUCAGAGAGUUUCUGAAUGAGGAGAAUCGAGGUCUGGACGUUCUGGUCGAGUAUUUGUCCUUCGCUCAGUACGCCGUCACGUUUGACGGCGAGCAGUCGGACGCCGGCGGCGACGUCUCAUCCAUCGACUCUCCCUGGAGUCGCUCCAUCGAAGAUCUCCAUGGCGACUGCAGCCUGCCGUCGCCGUCGUCCUCAGUACCACGCGCCGCUCGCCACUCCAUCAGCUCGGCGAUAGUGACUCGCUCCAACACUCUGCCGAGUCGUCGGACUCUGAAGAAUUCGCGACUCGUCUGUAAAAAAGACGACGUCCACGUCUGCGUCAUGUGCCUAAGAGCCAUCAUGAACUACCAGUACGGAUUCAACAUGGUGAUGUCACAUCCGCACGCCGUCAACGAGAUUGCUCUCAGCCUCAACAACAGAAACCCCAGGACGAAGGCUCUGGUGUUGGAGUUGUUGGCCGCCGUGUGUUUGGUGAGAGGAGGACACGAGAUCAUCCUGUCAGCCUUCGACAACUUCAAAACUGUGUGUUCAGAGUCGAUGCGUUUCGAGAAGUUGAUGGAGCAUUUUAAGAACGAAGACGACAACAUCGACUUCCUGGUGGCCUGUAUGCAGUUCAUCAACAUUGUGGUCCACUCGGUGGAGGACAUGAACUUCAGAGUCCACCUGCAGUAUGACUUCACCAAACUCUACCUGGACGAACACCUGGAGAGGCUGAAGCACACGGAGAGCGACCGGCUACAGGUGCAGAUCCAGGCAUACCUGGACAACGUGUUUGACGUGGGGACGUUGCUGGAGGACGCAGAGACAAAGACAGCUGCUCUGGAACGAGUCGAAGAACUGGAGGAGAACCUGGCAACGAUGUCAGAGCGUCUGCUGGACGUGGAGAACGAAGCGAUGCUAAAGAUCGUCGAACUGGAGAAACAACUGAUGCAGACCAACAAGGAGCUGGACCACAUCCGGGGCGUAUAUGCGAGCACCAGCUCCACGGUGACCACCCUGAGGAGGAUGGUGCGGGAGAAGGACCAGACCAUCCGGCGACAGACUCGUCUGGAGCGCCAGGCACAGGAGGCUCAGCAGGUGGGGGGGCCCGGAGCCCCACAGCCGCCCCGAGGGGAGGGAGACGGAGGAGUGGGGGAGUCCGCCUCACUCCCCCCCCCCUGCCCCAACCUCUCCCCCAGUCCAGAGACUGUAGCCUAUCACAGCCUGGGACCAGGGAUGAUGGGCGGGGCUCCAGGGAUAAUGGGCGGGGCUCCAGGGAUGCCGGCCCCGCCCCCUCCGCCUCCUCCGCCACCGAUGCCAGGCACAGAGUCAUUCCCCGGCCCUCCAGCCAUGGCUCCUCCCGCCUCCCCCCCUCCUCCCCCCCCCUGUCGGACCAACUCCUCCUCCCUCCCAUGCCCCCCUCCCCCCCCUGUAGCCCCUCCCCUCCCAGGCCCGGGGGGGUCUCCCACCGUCAUCUUUAACUCCGGACUCGCAGAGGGACCUCUCAAGUUAUUCUCGGUGAAGAUCAAGAAGCCGAUCCAGACCAAGUUCCGGAUGCCGGUGCUGAACUGGGUCGCGCUGAAGCCGAGUCAGAUCAACGGGACGGUCUUCAACGACAUCGACGACGAGGCCAUCCUGCAGGAUCUGAACGUGGCGGAGUUUGAAGAGAUGUUUAAGACGAAGGCCCAGGGUCCGGCGGUGGACCUGACUCUGUCCCGGCAGAAAGUCCCUCAGAAGGCUCCGUCCAAAGUGUCUCUGCUGGACGCCAACCGUUCCAAAAACCUGGCCAUCACUCUGAGGAAGGCCGGCCAGGGGUCGGAGGUCAUCUGCCGCGCCAUUAACAACUUCGACCUGCGUGCCGUGCGCGUGGACUUCGUGGAGUGCCUGAUGCGGUUCCUGCCGACGGACGCCGAGGUGAAGUUGCUACGGCAAUACGAGCGGGACAGGAAGCCGGUGGAGGCGCUCGGCGACGAGGACCGCUUCAUGAUGCAGUUCAGCCGCAUCGAACGCCUCAACCAGCGCAUGACCAUCAUGGCCUUCAUGGGCAACUUCUCCGACAACGUGCAGAUGCUGACCCCGCAACUCCACGCCAUCAUCGCUGCUUCAGUUUCUAUCAAGUCGUCUCAGAAGCUGAAGAAGAUCCUGGAGAUCAUCUUGGCUUUGGGGAACUACAUGAACAGCAGCAAGAGAGGAGCGGUCUACGGAUUCAAGCUGCAGAGUCUAGACUGCUGCUGGACACCAAGUCCACAGACCGGACCCAGACUCUGCUCCACUACAUCUCCACGGUGGCGAGGGACAAGUUCCCGUCCACGGCGCUGUUCUACAACGAGCUGCAUACGUGGACAAGGCGCCGCAGUGAGCCUGGAGAACGUGCUGAGUGACGUGAAGGAGCUGCAGCGCGGCAUGGAGCUCACCUGGAGAGAGUUCAGCGUCCUGCACAACGCCACGCUGAAGGACUUCAUCAGCAGACACGAGGGACGCCUCGGCAAGCUGCAGGAGGACGCCCGCAUCGCCCAGGACGCCUUUGAGGACGUGGUGAAGUUUUUUGGUGAGAGCUCCAAGACGAUGCCUCCGUCCGUCUUCUUCCCCAUCUUCGUACGCUUCAUCAAGGCCUACAGGCUGGCUGAGGAGGAGAACGAGCAGAGGAGGCGUCAGGAACAGAUGUUGUUGGAGAAACUGGAGGACGACGACCAGGAGGUCACCAAGUCCCCCUCCCACCGGGGGGGCAAGCGCCAGCAGCAGGAGCUGCUCUCAGAGCUGAGACGCCGACAGGGGAAAGACAGUCGCCAUGUUUACGAAGGAAAGGACGGAGCCAUCGAGGACAUCAUCACAGCUCUGAAGACCGUCCCCUUCACCGCCCGAUCGGCCAAACGCAGCUCUCGCUUCUUCUGUGACCCCGCCCACUCUGAGGAGCAUUACUGAGACAUCGGACAGAAACAUGGGGGACAUUUCAUCUGAGACAGAGACAUCGGACAAAGACAUGGGGGACAUUUCAUCUGAGACAGAGACAGGGCCUGAACCAAACACUGUCUCUCUGCUUGUUGUUUUCUUCUUCUUGACUUUGAACUGAACAAAAAGACAGGAAGAGGAUUCAGAAAAAGCAUUUCCUGUCUCACCUUCAUGAGGACACUAACCCCCCCGUUACCUUAGCAACAAGUCCCAGUCAAACCAAACUCCAGUCACGAAUCGGACGAUUUUAGGAUUUUAGGUUUGGGUUGAAGCCGCCAUGAAAGCUGGAGACAGACACCCGCAGACACACUUGGACACACCUGUAAAACCUGAAAACACCUGUAAAAUAUGGACACAUCUGGACACACCUGGACAACAUGGACACACCUGGACAACAUGGACACACCUGGACAAAAUGGAAACACCUGGACAACCUGGACAAACCUGUAAAAUAUGGACACACCUGGACAACCUGGACACACCUGUAAAAUAUACACACCUGGAAAACAUUGACGCACCUGUAAAUUAUGGACACACCUGGACAUACCUAUUAAACAUGGACACACCUGACCACACCUGUAAAACAUGGACACACCGGUACAACAUGGACACAACUGGACACACCUGGAAAACCUGGAUACAUGUAAAACAUGAACACACCUGGACACACCUGGAAAACAUGGACACACUUGGACACAUCUGUAAAACAUGGACACACCUGUAUAAUAUGGACACACCUGGACACACCUAUAAAACACGGACACACAUGUAAAACAUGGACACACCUGUAAAACAUGGACACACCUGGACACACCUGUAAAACAUGGACACACAUGUAAAACUUGGACACACUUGGACACAUCUGUAAAACAUGGACACACCUGUAAUAUAUGGACACACCUGGACACACCUGUAAAACAUGGACACACAUGUAAAACAUGGACACACUUGAACACACAUUGACACACAUGUAAAACAUGGACACACAUGGACACAUCUGUAAAACAUGGACACACAUGGACACAUCUGUAAUAUAUGGACACACCUGGACACACCUGUAAAACAUGGACACACAUGUAAAACAUGGACACACUUGAACACACAUGGACACAUCUGUAAAACAUGGACACACAUGGACACAUCUGUAAAACAUGGACACACAUGGACACAUCUGUAAAACAUGGACACACUUGAACACACAUGGACACACAUGUAAAACAUGGACACACAUGGACACAUCUGUAAAACAUGGACACACCUGUAAAACAUGGACACACCUGUAAAACAUACACACUUGAAAACACCUGGACACACCUGUAAAACAUGGACACACCUGUAAAACCUGGACACACCUGUAAAACCUGGACACACUUGAACACACCUGGACACACCUGUAAAACCUGCACACACCUGUAAAACCUGGACACACCUGGACACACCUGUAAAACAUGGACACACCUG